CGCUCAUCUCCUCGACCUACGCCCGCCUACGCCCCUCAACAUGUCGUCCGACUAUGAGUUCUCCGAUGACGAUGAGUACUACGAUGAGGAUGAUGAUGCCAUGGACCAGGACGACGACGAUGAGUCCAUGCAAUCCGAGGACGACAUGGUCGUGGAGGCCUUCACAGAGUCCAAGAACAAGUUGAAGCCGUAUGAAGUCCCGCACGAGAGCCUGAGCCAGGUGCAGGUCGAGAAGCUUAUGCAGAAGGACCUGGAUGAUAUCUGCGGCGUCCUGGGCGUAGAUGCGCCGACAUCCGCGCUGCUCCUCCGACGGGCGGAUUGGAACAAGGAGCGCCUAAUCGAGCAGUACAUGGACGACCCGACAAAGGUCCUCGUGGCAUCGGGUGUCCAGCUCCCGGAACCGCGAUCCGCGCCUGGCCCAUCUCGCACCACCAGAUCUACCUCCCGCAGCACCUCCAAGCCCACCAAGCCGCCAUCGCCGAAACGCGUGAACGAGCCGUUCGUGUGCCCGAUCUGCUGCGACGACGCGGCUGAUCUCCAGACCAAGUCCCUCGCCUGUGGCCAUACAUACUGCUCCAACUGCUGGUCCGCGUACGUGAACGAGAAGGUACGCGACGAGGGCGAGCACACCAUCUCGUGCAUGGGUGAGGGUUGCACCCUGGUCGCGCCCGACUCGUUCGUCCACUCGGUGCUCAUCCCCGGCGGGCCGACGACGAUGGAUGUGGCGGAGCAGGAGGACAACUCGUCGACGUGGGAGCGGUACCAGCAGCUCAUCAUCCGCCACUUCGUGGCCUCAAACGCGAACCUGAAGUACUGCCCCUACCCCGAGUGCACGAACACGGUCUCGUGCCCGGCUGCAUCCACCAAGUCCUCGCUGCUCACCGUCGUGCCCAUCGUGUCGUGUGGCGCGCGUGGAAUUCCUGGGCAGCAGCAGGAGCGCGCGUCCCAGCUUGGGAUAUCGCCGAAGGAACACAUCUUCUGUUUCGGCUGCCCGAUCGAGAGCGACCAUCGGCCGUUGGUAUGCGCCGUGUCGAAGCUGUGGUUGCAGAAGUGCCGUGAUGACAGCGAGACGGCGAACUGGAUCAAGACGAACACGAAGGAGUGCAGCAAGUGCCAGAGCACAAUCGAGAAGAACGGCGGCUGCAACCACAUGACAUGCAAGAAGUGUAAAUGGGAAUUCUGCUGGGUUUGCAUGGGUCCCUGGUCCGAGCACGGCACGUCGUGGUAUUCCUGCAAUCGGUAUGACGAGAAGGCCGGUGUCGACGCGCGCGAUGCUCAGAGCCGGAGUCGAGCGUCCCUCGAGCGAUACCUCCACUACUACAACCGCUGGGCGAACCAUGAGCAGUCCGCCAAGCUCUCCCUCGAGCUGUACGCGAAGACGGAGAAGAAGAUGGAGGACAUGCAGAUCACGUCCAACCUCACCUGGAUCGAGGUGCAGUUCAUGAAGAAGGCGGUCGAGGAGGUCGACAAGUGCCGGCAGACGCUCAAGUGGACAUACGCGAUGGCGUACUACCUGUCGAAGGGCAAUGAGAAGGACUUGUUCGAGGACAAUCAGUCGGACUUGGAGCGCGCGGUCGAAGACCUGUCGGAGCUGCUCGAGCAGCCGAUCGAGCCGGAGAACAUCUCGGCGCUGAGGCAGAAGGUGACGGAUAAGACGGUGUACGUCGCGAAGCGCAAUGAGAUCGUCCUCGAGGACACUGCUCUCGGCUACCAGGAGGGUCGGUGGAAGUGGAACGUCGAGGUCGAGGGCUUUGAGUGCGGCGAGCGCGUCGACAUCUAAUCGGGCGGUUGCGAGUUGUGGGCGAAGAAGGCCGGUUGCUGGGGGCGGGUGCCCGCGAGCGAGUGUUCUCGAUUUCACGCGAGCGUUGUCGAUACCGGACGCGCAUCAAUUCUCAAUCUCUACACCACAACUUCCACGCCUUUGUACGAUACGAAGAAGGAAAGAAGACAGUUUUUACUACGCAUAUACCGAUAGAUUGCAUAAUUAUAAUGGUCAUUGUUUUGUACUCUAGCGCUGUGCGCGGGGAGGCCGUUUGCCCACCCACUCUUUCUUGUAUGUUCUUGUUCCUUAUAGCAAUGCUUGUACCGUCGCACAGGAAGUAUACCGUGUAGGACCAACCGA